GCCAGCCAAUGGGCGGCACGCUCUGGCUGCUUCCGGCUCCGCGUCCCGCUCGCCCCUUCCCCAAGUCUCCCCGCGAAGGGCGGGGCACAGGGGCGGGCGUCGUCCCCAGUGACGCGCGGCAGGCUAGGAGCCAAUGAAGGGCGGGUUCGGCGCUGAUGGACAGAGCCAGUGACCAGUGGCGAGGCGCUGGCCGCACUUCCCGUCAGGGAGAGAGUGUAAUAUGGCGAAGACCUACGAUUACCUGUUUAAGCUGCUGCUCAUCGGGGACUCGGGGGUGGGGAAGACCUGUGUCCUGUUCCGCUUCUCUGAGGACGCCUUCAACUCCACUUUCAUCUCCACCAUAGGAAUUGACUUUAAGAUUAGGACCAUAGAGCUCGAUGGCAAAAGAAUUAAACUACAGAUAUGGGGCAUCAUGCUGGUCUACGACAUCACCAAUGAGAAGUCCUUUGACAACAUCCGGAACUGGAUUCGAAACAUUGAAGAGCACGCCUCUGCAGAUGUCGAAAAGAUGAUACUCGGGAACAAGUGUGAUGUGAAUGACAGGAGACAAGUUUCCAAGGAACGAGGAGAAAAGCUGGCCCUCGACUAUGGAAUCAAGUUCAUGGAGACCAGUGCAAAGGCCAACAUCAACGUGGAGAACGCAUUUUUCACUCUCGCCAGAGACAUCAAAGCAAAAAUGGACAAAAAAUUGGAAGGCAACAGCCCCCAGGGGAGCAACCAAGGAGUCAAAAUCACGCCAGACCAGCAGAAAAGGAGCAGCUUUUUCCGAUGUGUUCUUCUGUGAGGAAUUCAGCCUUACUCUGAUCCUCGCUCAGCUGAGCUGACUGUGCCUGUUCUGAGUGAACCCCUCACUCAGCCGGGGCCCUCCCAUCUCCAACGCCCCGUCCGCACCGUGGCCACUGGGCCCAUGGCCACUGGGCCUGCAGCCACCAGAAUGCAAUUGAGAAAUUGUUUAUUUUAGUAACUGUCUGAUCUUUUUCAACUUUGGAAAUGGAAUAAGUUAAGAAUUUGCUAUUUUUUCUGUAACGUCCACUGAAGAAUGGGCCUACUCAUGCAUCGAGUAUCCAGAAAAAGAGAGAGGGAGACGGAGUCAAGGUGUGACCAGCAGCAACAACCAGUGGCAGCCUCCAUGUCUGGGUCUGCAGUUCCUUGCCUUGCCAUGACCCAAAUCCCCACCAGAAAGCCCGUUCCUAUCCCCCACCAGGGAAGUAAGGCCCCCACAGGCCAGUGGCAGUUCUGGGAGUGUUAGGCUCUGCACCCUGACGGAAGCCGCCAAUCCCACCAGGAAGUGUCCGCCCACAAGACUGCUGCCCACUUCCUCUCAGUUUUGGACAAGUGACAAAAAUCAUUUUCCCCCCUCUCUCUUUUUUAACUGUUAAACCAAAGGGAAAGCACAAAUUAAGGAAAUCCUGUUUAAAGUGUUGAGAAGGAAAGAACCCUGGGCGGCUUCUCCUGUUCACAGCCAGGUUUAGGGCUGUGGUCCAGCCAGGCCCCUUGGCCGUCCCUGUCUGAGCACCAAGGGGACACUGUGUGUACCUGUACCACAGGUGACCCUGAAAACAACUACACCUGCUACGCAGUCCUCCUGCAAUGGGGUCAUCCUCUUCUCAGCACCAAAAUGGCCCCCACUCUGCAUCCUCAUGCUGUCUCCAAAUUGGACAUCCUUCCUAGCUGAGAUUUUUAUUUUUCCAUAUUCGUAGUGCCAUGAAGUGAUUCCAUCUUUGAUUUCCAAUGUCAAACCUAGGUGAUUGGGAACAAGCUCCUAUUACCCCUAGCUGGAUGUGGCUAAAACAAGAGGCAUUCCAUGGAAAUGGGCUGCCCAAAGGCAGUCUGGGUUAGUUUUGAGCCAUCAUCAUUGGGUUCUGUUUUGACAGUUUUCUGUCCUAUAGAGGGACUGCAGUUGGGACCAGGUCACCAGGCUGGAGGGGUGUCACCAGGGAGCCUUUUCUUUUGUUAUGGGUUUUCCCCCUCCUUGAGCUACUGUCCAAGCCAUUGGCAUCAUGGUGUCUCUUUUUUUGUUGUUUUGUUUUUUUUAUUAAAACCAACGUACCAGCAAUA